GCGCCCGAGGCGGGAAAGCGGCCGGGGGAGCGAAGGGGGCAGCGCUUCCCUCCCGAGAUGCCUCCUCUGCCGCCGCCGCCGCCGCCCGCCUGAAGCGGCGGGACCCGCUCGCCGCCCCGCCAGCCCCCCGUCCCCGGGCGCCCGGAGGAGCCACCAUGAGGAGCGGCGAGGACCUGGAGGGCUUCGACGGCGAGGCGUCCAGCACCUCCAUGAUCUCGGGCGCCAGCAGCCCCUACCAGCCCACCACCGAGCCGGUCAGCCAGCGCCACGGGCUGCGCGGCCUCCGCUGCGACCCCGACUACCUGAAGGGGACCCUGGGCAGGCUCAAGAUCGCCCAGGUGGUUUUGGCGUUGAUUUCCUUCAUCUGCAUUGAGACCAUAAUGGAAUGUUCCCCGUGUGAAGGCCUUUAUUUCUUCGAAUUCGUCAGCUGUAGUGCAUCUGUAGUUACCGGAGUUCUGUUGCUUAUGUUCAGUCUAAAUCUCCACUCAAGAAUACCGCAGAUCAACUGGAACAUUACAGAUCUGGUCAAUACUGGACUCUGCACUUUCUUCUUUUUCAUUGCAUCUGUAGUACUUGCUGCUCUAAACCAUAAAAAAGGAGCAGAAAUUGCAGCUGUGAUAUUUGGUUUCCUGGCAACUGCAGUCUAUGCUGUGAAUUCAUUUUUAGCAGUUAAAAACUGGAGAAUUAGCAGCCGACAGCAAAACACAAGGCAGACCAGUGAUUAUAUGCGGGCACGGACAGAAUCGAGAGAAGUAGAUCACCGCCCAGAGAUUCAGCGCCUGGAUGGGUGAAAAAAACCGUGCAAAGCAGGAACCCCAGAGGAAAAGAAAAUUAAUAAAAGCCUGCAGACCUUUUACAUUUUUUCCUGCUUUUAUAGGAAAUGAAGGAGGAGCAUGUGUUGGCUGAGAGUGCAAGCAUGUACAAAGAGAGGGAAGAGAACCAGCAAUUAGAAGCAAUUGGCACGAGGGCUAUAAAGAUUGACCUUUUCAGAGGAAGAUUCUUAUCUGCAAUCAUGAAGAACGGUAGUGAUAUUUUAGAGUGAACAACUGUCUGGUGCACCAUACUUUCUUGAGUUAGUAAAUCCAUCAAGGGACUUGGUUUCCAUCACCCAGUAGAAAUGUUAAAAUCAACACUGGCCCUGGAUUGUUCUUUCAAAACAAAAAGUUUCCAAUAAACAGAAGUUUUGCGGUUGAGGAGUGGGGGGAGAAUCCAAAGGAGCAAUAGCAAUAACGUGAGAUGCUAUGUACAUUUCCCUUAGCAAGAUUUGCCAGUUGAGUUUCUUACACUCCCAACAUUUGAUUGUGUACCUGGAACAAACAGCCUUGUCAGGUUUUUGGUUGGGGGCUUGGCAACGAAAUAAGCUUUGGCGUACCAAGAAAGCGCAAUGCUUUGCUCGGUUUGCAACCACAGCUAGGUAUGAGCUAAGGCUGAUACUGCUGUAUGUUGCACAUUCUUUCCUCUCUAGAUGGCGACUGUAGAGGUCCAUGACAUUUCAGCUUGUGAGGAAAAAUCAAUUAAUGAAAGGUCGAUGUUGAGUCCUUUCUGUUUGUCAAAAUACUUACCCCAGUGAAAGUUAAUUUUUCUUCCUCGUUAUUUUAAUGCUCAACCAUAAGAAAAUCUCGUUGUGGUCCAUGCGUUGCAGUGUUUUUGAAACUGAGUAAUUAUCCUGAGAGUUUGAUUUGCAUGGCUGCAAACUUCAGUUGUCCAACUUCAGUUAAUCUUUUUUUCUGAAUUAAAAUAUUUUGAAUAACUUAGUUGGGGGGUAUCUAAAUUAAUAGCUUUAGGCGUUCAAGCAAAUUUACAAAACGUUUGGGUCAUUUGCACAGGUGAAAGAUUAUUUUCUGCUAGUGAUGUGGACAGAAUAAUUUGGCCCAUCUAGUUUACAUAGCCUCACUUUUCUUUCCACCUUUUUGGUAUUUCAUGCGAAAAUAAUGUACUCUGCUGGUAGGCGACUGGGGUUUACAGCCAGCAAUUUGAGUCUCUUUGGCUUUGUGUGUAGUGUCACUUGCAUCUUCUAGUUAGGUCAGUUACAAGACUAAUACGUAAAAGGUUUGAUCUAAAGUUGUUGUCCCAUGGGUAUCCUUUGGACCUCAAUGUCCUUAAGAGACAGUAUCUAUUCUUCUCGAAAUGUGAAAAUUGUUUCCCCUACUAAAGUUUUCUUGGGAAGGUGCUUUCUCUCUCCAUGUUCAAUUUUUAUGUUCCCUUGACAAAGCCAAGAGGUAAAAUGUUAAGGUAUUGUGUUUGUGAAUGCAGAUCUACAUUGGAAAUUAUGGGAUGGAUAGGUCCUCACUCUUACAUUUGUUGACAGUGCUGGUGGUAGUUGUUGCCCUUGCAUUCCAUGUUUGCAUCUUGCUUGCCUGAUAUCUGGGUCCUAAAAAUGCACUUGAGCCUGUGAGAUUCACUCUGUCCUUUACCCUUUGAUUUUCCUGUUGCUUAAAGUCCAUCUCCUAAAAAGUCUGGGAACUAGCCAUGUUCCCCGUCUUCGUGAUUUUAACGUCAGUAGCAGAUGCAGAAUUCGCCACCCUAAAAAGGCGUGCUUUCAGUUACUUUUAAAAAACAUUUCUGGUCUUUUGGCUCUGGAGAUAAGCUUAUGGGCACUUCCUGGAAAUGUGGCUAUUAGUGGUUGAAGGGAAAUCCAGACCUUUACAUACUGCACCUAUGAACUGCACAAGAUAAGCCAAAUAAGCAUGUAAAUGUGCCUUGUUUGCAUAACAGGCUGGAGAAUGUGUCUUCUGUUCACAAAGGUGAAAUAAUAUUUUUGUUUUGAAAUCAUGGGUUAUAUAUAGCAUCUGCUGAUUCUUAGAAAGCCUUGAAAAUAGCUCCCUAGGCCCUUUAAAUAUGCAUUGAACCCCAGUUGCUUUGGUCCAGACUUAGUGUAACAUUAUGCUUCGUUGUUAUCGAAUGCCUAAGAGCUGCUAAUGCUAUCGUAGCCCAAUAGAUUGGCUGCAGCAGGCAACCGCUUAAGGAUUAAAACCUGCUCUUUCUCCAAGAUUAGAUACCAUGGGGCACAAACACUAAGGCUACAAUUCUAAUUGGGUAAUGUUUUCGUUUUUGAUCGCAAAACGUAUUUUGGGAUGUUUCUAGUUAGAACUGCUUAUCGUAAAGAUUGAGUUAAAUCUGGCAACUUCUAGGUUGGACUUAGAAGGUAGCUGUAGAGAAAUAUUUUAAUAUCCUUUCCAAAAGCUUUUGACAUAAUAUUUAAGAAUUCAUUUUGCGCUCCUGUUCUCAUGCAAGUUAAGUUAUGGGAGGACACUGUGUGUUUGCUACUGCCGGCCCACUUCCUGAAUUACUAAGUGUCUUCAGUUUACUGUCUAGUUUUCAGAAAGGACAGAAGCUGCCUGGGAAUUAUUUCUGUAGUUCUGUAAUGAUUAAUUCACCUUAAUUUAACCUCUGGGGGUGGCGAUGAGAUCUUUGGAGCCGUCAUAACUUACUUAGAAACUCAGUCUGUUUAAUUUUCAAUCAGAGUGAAAUACUGCAAAACGUUCAAUAUUUCUCGCUGUUUGUAGAGCAGGUUCCCUGGUUAAUGUGAGAGAGGAAUUGUGUGCUUCUUGGCGAUGCUUCUGAGACAGCCAAGCACGUGGACAAAGAUUGUGGAUAUUUUCCUUUUAUAGCUAGUCUGGCCAGUAACUGUUGAUCAUCCUUCUUUAAAAAGCUCACAAAAAUGAUUACUUUGUUCCAUUGUCAACAUAGUUACCAGAGAAAAUCCUCUUCUAGAACUUUUGGAUAGUAUGUUGUAAUUUUUUAAAGCUUUCUCUAAGAUUUCUUUUUUUAAAGGACCAAAGAUCAAGUCCAGGUUUUUGGACGAGACACAUUAACAGUCCAAAAGGGGAUGGAUCUGGUUGGCACGCGGAUGGACGUUAAUAUAAAAAUAGACUUCUGGUACCUAGUGAAUUUUGGGGGGUAAAAUAGUGCAGUGAAAUCUCUGAAGCACGUAUUGAUUGGACUAAAAUUUCAAGAGCUUUCUACUUGGAAUGUUACUGUUUUCACUGACACAGCCUCCCCUGCAAAGAACUAGGCUUUUCCUUUACAAUUCUGUUCUGACUGGCAGUUCUCACCAGUCUUGGGCAGAGGGGCCUUUCUCAACAGCUGCUGCCUGCCAGAAAUUUGGGACCAUCGGUAUACGAAGCAAGGACUCUGCUACUGAGCCACUGCCUCUCCUUCCAUUUUAUUUUUGUGUGUGGGUGGAAUAUUAGAUCCAAAGCAGGUUGUCUUUGUGUUCAUGAACUACAACUCCCCAGCCUGCCUUGUGAACUCUAUUCACACAAGUAAAGAUUCUCUGGUUCCCUGUCAUCACUGCCGCAAAUGCAGAGGUAUCCACAGAAGCAAUGGAUCAUUCCCUUUUUUGUUUGUAUUUUCUUCUGUCAGCUGCCAUUUUCUCUGCAUUUUUCACUUGCUGUGUCCCUGGAAGUCUUUUUGAGCCUCUCCUUUUUUUUUUUUUUACAAAAAUAAAAACAUGAAAUAGUAUAUCAUGGCAAUAGAUCAUUAUUGCACUAUAGCGCAAUAGCAGUUUCUUAUUUUUUUUUAAAGCCCUCUGGUGGUACGGCAAGGAAAAAGGCAUUGAUGUGGGCAGGACCUUUGGAAAUGCACCUCUUCCUGUCUAGACAGUUUGCUAACCUGCUUGGACUGUGUUCUUUCUGGAAAGAUUGCACCAAACCAAAGUUGAGAGAGAAUGUUCCAAGGAUAGGGAAAGUGUGGAAAGUGGACAAUUAGAGGAUGAAACAGACCAUUGGCCCACUUGAAAUUGUUCUCUAGUUUCUGGCCCAAACUGUGUAGGUUGAAGUACAAAUACAUGAGAUGACGAGGGCAUCCAAAGAACUUGGGAGAUGCUGCUAAAAUGGGAUGAAUCUUUUCAUAGGAAUUUAGAAAAUAUUUUCAGAAACAAUGAACACUGCAACUUGUUGCCUGGUUCUAAGCUGUUGACUUCAAUAUAAGCUGAUGUAGGUGACAAAAUUUAUAGGCUGUUUUUUCUGUUGCAGUUAAGUGCAAUUUAAAUUAUAACUAACCACCAUCCCUUUCCCUAAUACUGUAUGAUUUAGGGUUCUAUGAAAGUGAUCUGUGCAAAUGAGACUCCUUAGUUAAGGUUGCACAGAACUUGAUACAGAAGAGCGAUGUUUGCUACUUUUCUUAAUAACCAAACACUUCCUUUUUUAAAAAAUAGGACUUUAAAGACCAAAUUCGAUCUUUAUUUAUACUCAAAUAUAAUAAGCAUUGGGCCUGGGCACUGGUAGAUAUAUGCAUUGUACAGUAAUAUUUUUUUUCAUCCCAUCAUACGUAUGCAAUCUGCUCCACUUGCUGUUAUGAUUUCUAGUCCAGUUGUGUUAAUUGAGAAUGUUGAUAUCGGCGUAGCGGACAAAGCAGUGCUGGGUUACCCUCAUCCUGUAACAUUUCUGAUGUAAGGGAGACACAUGACCUCUUUGAUCUGCUUUUCCUCUCCGGCUACUGAUCAAGAUAAACCACCUGAUUGUCUGAUGGGAGUGGAUCAGUCCUUGCCACCACAGUGUUGAGUAGCUGUUGUUUUUUCAAAAGCAUAAUGGAACUUAUGGCCAUAAACAAAUGAUCCCCUUUAAAGCAUAAUAUUGUGGAACUGGUGAUGGUGUGAUGGUGUACUUUCACCUCUUUUGCGAGAGCAAUUGAAUUACUUUAGUAGUUGAUAGCACCUAAAUAAUUGGCAUUUCUCUCUUCUCUCCCUUUGCUUUGGGCGCUAACAACAUUUUUUAAAAAAAUUAAUCUGUAGAGCACAUCUUUUUAACUUGGCAGAGCAAUGUAUUUGAUUCAUAGUUUGUACAGUAGUCUUGAUUCUUGUAUUUAUAUUGCAGAACUUUGCAUUUUCAGUGUUGAGUUUAUUUCUUCCUUAUGGUUUUCAUGGAAAAAAUUAAUGUAUUUUGAAGGCCGUGUUGUCAUUUUUUUUUUGUAAUUAAUUAGAAAGAUGCAAUUACCCAAGGCUAUAUCCAGGUCUUUGGAGUUGUGGCUUCCGUGGCUAGGGCAGGUCCCUUCAGCUGUAGUAAUAACCUCUGGAGAAAAAAUAAGAUGGCAGUGGGAGAUUUUUUUUUGACAGCUGCAGAUGAUUUUGUAGAAUACAGUAUAUCUACUUCUGUAGUUUCUUGAUUCAUCUAACUUGAUACGCCCAGUUCUCAGAAAUAGAUGGCUUGAAGGAAAUGCUCCUUGUAACUAGCUUACCUGAUAAUUUUUUAAUCUUCAUGUCCUGCAGCUCUGGAAUAGUCUCUUAUUUUACAUUUUUUAUGACUAUUUUGAAGUACACCCUUACCUGGAUAGUCCAGGCAAACCUGAUCAUGUCAAAUAUUGGAAGCUAAGUUUUGGUUAGCAGUUGGAUCGGAGACCUCCAGCGAGGUCCAGGUUGCAGAGGUAGGCAAUGGCAAACCACCUCUGUUAAUGUCUUGCCUUGAAAACUCCGUUAGGGGUUGCCACAAGUCAACUAGACGGCACUCUCCAUCACCACGUUUUUAAGAAAUUGGUUUGGAUUGAAGAUUUUAAAAAUAUCAUUUGCUCUCAAAAACGUCAUAGUGAAAUCUCUGGAUUUUUAACAAGUGAAGGGUGUCUUUCAGUAACAGAGCAAGCAGUUGAUGGAGGAGGUGCUUGAGUCUCCUUUCGUCUUCUUUCCAAAUGCCGGUUCUUAUGUAUGUCUUGACUGAACCAGGAAACAGGGUUCUUCAGUAUAACACAGACUGCUGCAUACUCUGCUUCCUUUGCUAUGCUGAUGUUGGGUGUUUGUGUAGUUGGCAAAACUUCCUCUGUCCGCUUCCUUUUGCAAAGCCCAGUGUGGUUUUUCCAUCUUCUCUUCGUCCGCCUGGCAUCACAUACAAGACAGGAGUUGUGAGCUCUGCUAACUAGUCCUCUUUCAGUGUACUUAGAUUUCUGCAUCCUUGCCUAUGGAGGCUUUCUGGGGUAGAGUGUGAGAACCUCCUUGCCUCAGAUGUUUCUGUAAACUUAUACAGAGCCUGGCGUUUCCAGGGCCAGGAAAGUUUAGACUCUAAUGUUCUGUUUUUUUUUUAAGUACUGUCUUCAUUUGUCCAGUGUUUGUAUUUGGGAAUUGAAUGUGACUUGGUACUUGUUUGUUGGAUAUUGUGGGCCCCCUUGUGCUUUCCUGCACGGCUGUGUAUGCACCUUUUUGUUGAAAAGUUGCAGGUUUAUGCGUGGGGUGGGAAAACAUAUCUUGGUUUGUCAUUAAGAACUCUUCAAAAUAACUCCCAAUACAUUUAUUCAGCCUGGAAUAAAUGAUGCACUUAGAUUGUUUUUUCUGGACAAGUUUCUCCUCUUCUGCAUUAUUGUGGAUGGAAUCUAUUUGUAUAUAUUGAAGUUUAUGUAACUGAUAUAAUACCAAUUAUGAAAUGGUAAUCUAUGUAUUUAUUACUCAUUGUAUUGUCCCACUUUGGAUUUGAGAAGCGGACACUUGUAUGAAAAGGCAUAACUUGUUAGCAAAAUCCAUUUUCACCCUGGGUGCCUUUGCGUGUGUGUUUGUUUGGUGCAUGUACUUCUCAGUCGCACAUAGAUUCUCUGCACAAACACUUAUUUUUGUACCAACGGAUUGUUAACAUGCCAUGUUUUGUUCCUGUUAAAACACCAGCCUUAAUGGAAAUCUCAGGCCUCUCAUUGGCCUCUGCACUAAAAUCCUCUCGUUGUGCUGUCGUGACCAAACCCCUAUUUUUGACAGCAAGGAUGAGCCCUGUAGGGAAGGAUCCUAGUAUGUCAUCACAAGGUAUAAUGUGCUCGGUGUUGAGGUGUGGCUGGGAUGCAUUAGAUACAGCAGCAAAGGAGGAACCUCUAGUAUAGAGUUUUUGGGCUGGACUAGGGGAGUAAUUGGCAAACAGCGGCUCAUGUGGGUUAACACAUCACCCUUCCACUAGAAGUGGUCCCGAUAUUGGCCAUUUCUGCACAUCUGGCCUUUGAGGAGGCAGCCUUUUAAAACUAGUAAAGCUGUGGCUAGUUUUCCAAGUCAGUUUCAGGUGAUGGUAAUUCAUCGCCCACAUCCAUUGAGUGAACUGUGCUCUAAGAGACAGUUUCACAAAGCCAAACCAUUGCAACUAAACAUAUAUCUGGUUGGAUCCAGACUGAAUUGGGAAUUUCCACAUAUUCCCCCUUUCUGCUGCAGACCCCCUUCAUGUCACUUCUCAGGGGCCCCUAUCCCACAGGAGCAACAUUUCACGGAGAUCCAUUCUGCUGUUAGAAAAUUUAGUCCGAAGCCAUGGCAGUCUGGCUCUCUGGUAUUUGUGAUAUUUCUUCUUCAAGGAUGAUAUCUGUGACUUCUGAAAGUCCAUUGUUAUUGGAAAUCCAAAUCUAGAUUGGUUCAAAUGUAAAGUCAUAUAGUAUAUGAAGAAACGACUCUGUAUGAAAACCAAAAACUAAAUGUUAACUUCUUGUUUAGACCUCUCUAACGAAUGGGUCAAGGAUAGGAAGCUUAGAAAUGCCAGCAGAAAACCUUUGCGGGGGUUAUCCAGAAUUUGUUUUGAAUUGGCCAGCCCUUGGAUUAGGUAGAAUGAAUCUAGUUUUCAUUUUGUCAGCUUGCAGCUGCCCUUAAUUAUUCUCUACAUUUAUUGUGUGCUGUGAAAUAAUUCAAACAUUCCUGUGCAGUCUAGAAAAGGGCUGGAGAAUCUGCAUCCCGGCUCCUGAAAGCCUGUCUUGUGGACUUCUGUGUAUGUACUUCCAAAUAUCUGUGGUUACUAUCAUGUGUCUAAAGCUACCAUAGCAAGCACACUUGGUUUGAGGGGGGGCGGGGCGGGAAACACUGAAAUGCCUGGGCCUUGUAUUGAGAACAGAGGAGACUGCUGUUCCUUGUUGCAGCCUCUGUAGGCUUUGCUGCUGAUUUGGAUUGACUGGGCUUUCAGUAGAGGGCACAGCAUUUCUCAAAAUAAGUCAUCCUGUCGACAGGAACAGUGUUGUCUAGUACACUUACAGUGCAAUCCUAAGCAGAGUUACUCCAGUCUAAGCCCAUUGACUUCAGUGGGCUUAGACUGGAGUAACUCUACUUAAGACUGCGCUAUUAGUACUUAGAGUAGCUUUAGGCUAACGUAAUCUACCAUCAGCAUGGUGCAAUCACCAUACAGAGAUUGCCAUGGUAGUUUUUUACUUUCUCGAUGGGGGAACACGUUUUCCUAGCACUCCAGUUUGCACCUUCACCUGAUACAUUGCCAGCGUAGCAUGAGAAGCAUGCACAGUUGUUUGCCCAACAUACUUGAUUCCUCCUUACAGAAGCCCAGUCUACCUAUUCAGCAAGAGGAGAUGGCUCAGACCUGAGAUGGUAAAAUGGACUGCAGGCAGAGAACCACAUUGUUAAUGCUUCCUUACAUAACAAACAAGCAGAGCCCAAACCCCAAUGUCCAAGUAGAAAAUUAGCACAAGGGAUAGACUAGGCUGCAACCUUCUCUGGCAUACUAGUCCUUUAUUUGCAGAGAGCUUUUAUGGGGGAAAUACUAAAAAAUGGCACCUUCCCACUUGCAGUCUAUACUGGCCCAAUCUGUUAUACCACCUCUGGAUACUACUGCUUUGUUUUUCUGCAUGUGUAGACUGCAUAGUCUAUGUAUGCUGAGAUACUAGAAUGGACGGUACCAUUUCACACUGCCUGUGUGACAUAUUUGGAUGCUUCUUUACAUGAAAACCUCUCUGUAUGUUAAAAAGCUAAGAGUCCUGGGGUGCAGCUGGGCUACCUCUGGCAUGCUGUUUGUUUUUGAAAAACUUGGAAGUUUUCUUUUUUUAACAUGCAGGACCAUUAAAAAUGCAGCCAGACUUGGUGCGGUCCAUUUUCCCACCUCAGGAUUUCACCACCUUGUUUUGCUGUAUGUGAGACUAGGUCAGGCAUCACUCCAGUGGUGGUGCACAGAAUCCACCCAAGAGAAACUCCUUCAGUCUUCUCAAGUGGGUCCUUUGUGACUAGCACCCACAGAUCAGUGUACCAGACGAAGGUGGGCAAGGCAGCAGUGGUAUUGCUGCCCCCACACUGGUCUUCCAGCAGUGUAACAGAUGGGCAGCAUUUCAGCCAGCGCUGCCCACAAUACCCCAUUACAUUCCAGUCUGAGGUCAUCUCGUUCUGCGUUGUUCCUGUGGUCCUCAAAGGACAUCCACUGCUUCUUUGUAACUAAUCUGGACACGCAGGAAGUGAUUUCCUGUGUAAACGCACCCCCCACCCCCGGCUCCACGUACAAGGAAUUUGUGCUGUGAAUAGCUUUUCAAACCAAUUCCACCACUCCCUUUGGAGAUACGUCACAUUUCUCUUCCGCGCACUUCCUUUUCAUUUGCAAUAUUACUAUACAGUUAUACAUUUCCAGAUGAAGGAUUGUAAUGAUUUUUUACUUAUUGUGAUACUGAAGGCAAUCACUAAAUCGCUGCUUGAUUUUCUUUUUUUAAAAAUUUCAUCUAAGUGGUGUACUUUGUUUUACUUUGUAUAUUGGCACAAACUUCUUGUGACUUACAACUUACCGUGUCUGUCGUGCUGAUUUUUCUCUGUCCUUUUUUUUUUUUUUUGAUAUACUGAGAUACUGAACUUUACAAAAGUUCACAUGGUACAUGUCUGUUUUCAUAGUGUUUUAAAAAAAAAUCUGUAUUUUUGUAUGUAGGGAAAUUCGUAGGUUUUCUGAACACUAAUCGAUAUAGUCUGGAAUCAUUGUAAAGGAUUUGUUUAAUAAAUGGAUAAGAUUUAAAAACA